CGAAGGCCAGUAGAACAGCAAAGCAGGAAGGAAAAAUUUUCUCUCUCUGGCUUUCUCUCUCUCUCUUUCCUCUCCUCUGUAGGAGCCACCUCCUAUGUUCCCAACUCUUUUAGCAUAACCUUCCAAGGAGAACGCUUCCUUCAGACUUUAUCUUCUUUUCUCCACUGAGAGAAUACCUCUCGGCUGCAAGACAUUUUUUUAAGUCUUCUGCAGGACUUCGGGGAUUUGGUGAUCUCGCCAGAGACACUGAGAGCACUGCUGAAGCCUGGGACUCACAGGGUGCGAAAUUAGCUCCCCGAGUCAGCCUGGCGGAGGAAGGCUUUCAUCAUAGACACUUCGCUCCAGUUUGAACACAUUUGCUUGAAAUUUGCCGCAUGAUGCUGUCCAGGGGAGCCGCUUUUUUUCUUGGGAUGCAGCAAUUCGCUGGUUUCUAAGCUUAUUGCAGAAGAAGUAAUCUUAAAUAGCGUGGAUUCCCCCCCCCCCGCUCCCCACACACACACACCCCACCCUUGCUUGAUUCAACUGAGCUGCGUUGCACCACGGUCAAGAUCACCUGUCACUAAAUUUUUGAGGAAGUAAAACAAAGUGAAUUAUAAUUAUCGUUUAUUUAUUUUCAUCAUUUUUAACCGGUGGAGGCGGCGUGAUCACGGAGAUGCGACUGAGAGGAGCUGCCGGGGCUUGGAGGAGGAUAAAGCUGAGUUUAGGCUGGAGACUGAAAGACUAGAUUGUGUUUCGGUACAACUUGCCCGGUUCCUCUCCACUUCCUCCAGUUUCGCUCCAUGGACAGAUCAACAAGCCUGGACAUCGAGGAGCUCAAGAUGACACGAGAACAGUAUAUACUAGCAACACAGCAGAAUAACCUGCCCAGGGCUGAGAAUGCACAACUGUACCCAGUGGGAAUUUAUGGAUGGCGAAAGAGGUGCUUAUACUUCUUUGUCCUUCUGCUGUUGGUUACCAUGAUAGUUAACUUAGCCAUGACCAUAUGGAUAUUGAAAGUGAUGAAUUUCACUGUGGAUGGUAUGGGAAAUCUGAGAGUCACCAAGAAGGGAAUCCGACUUGAAGGUAUAUCUGAGUUUCUACUUCCAUUGUAUGUGAAAGAAAUUCAUUCCCGAAAGGAUAGUCCACUGGUCUUACAGUCUGACAGGAAUGUAACAGUGAAUGCAAGAAAUCACAUGGGGCAGUUAACUGGACAGCUGACAGUAGGUGCUGAUGCUGUGGAAGCUCAGUGUAAAAGGUUCGAAGUGAGGGCGAGUGAAGACGGCAGGGUGCUGUUUUCUGCAGAUGAAGAUGAGAUUACCAUCGGGGCUGAGAAGCUGAAAGUCACAGGCACUGAAGGAGCAGUGUUCGGGCACUCUGUGGAGACGCCUCACAUCAGAGCAGAACCUUCCCAGGACCUCAGGCUGGAGUCACCAACCAGGUCCUUGAUCAUGGAAGCUCCUCGAGGGGUCCAGGUGCGAGCUGCUGCAGGAGACUUCAAGGCCACCUGCAGGAAGGAGCUCCACCUGCAGUCCACAGAGGGGGAGAUAUUUUUGAACGCGGACACAAUUCGGCUGGGAAAUCUGCCGACUGGCUCUUUCUCAUCUUCACCCAGCUCUUCAAAUGCCCGACAGACGGUGUACGAGUUGUGUGUGUGCCCCAACGGCAAACUCUACCUUUCUCCAGCAGGGGUGGGUUCCACCUGUCAGUCCAGUAGCAACAUCUGCUUGUGGAGCUGA